UCAAAUGUUCUAUAGCAAAUAAAAAUAUAAUAAAUAAGUUCAAAGAUGUCCAAGCUCAACGAUUUCAGGUCAGAUGUCAUGAUUCUAGACUGAGAAAACUGGUUUAAAGUCAACGCAGUUUAUACAGAGAAGGAACUGGAGAAGAUAGAUGAGACUACCAAAGAAGAGAAGGAAGAGGCUAUAAGAUCAAGCCAAGCAAUAAUAGAAGAGAUCCCUGCUGAUAUUGGUAGUGAGCCAAAUUACCUUCAUACCAGCCAAGAUGAUCCUUGCGAACCCGAUAAAGUCAUAAAUGACGCUAUGGAAUGUUUAAUCUCAGAAUGAAGCAUUGCAACAGAGAAAAAUAUUGAGAUCAUCCUUUAUUUCAGUUGAUCUUCCUACUUUUUGAGGAAAAUUCAAAGUAGGAUAGAAGAAAACCCCUCUGAAAUCUCCAAGAAUUUACCGGUUUCAUAUGGGGAUGCUUCAAAGACAAGUCUAAUAGCUCAUAAAGCCCUUCUAAAUGAGAAGGUCAAGAUUAUUACUUGAAUGCAAACUUUGAUGUUAAAAAUAGGAUUAAGUUUUUCUCAAAAUUUGAAGAUAAGAUUAUAUUCAGAUGACCGAUUCUUUUUCACAAAAGAAGUUAUAUCUUUAAUCAAAGAAGAAUCAGGAAGAUGAAAUAUUUCUCAAAAACCAUGCUUGAAAUUCACUGAAGAUCUUAAAAAUCUAAAACAAAGUGAAUCUUUGAAGAGUUAUAAUAAUGAUAAGUUGACUAUUGAUGAAGAGAAAAAGAGUUUUAUCUCCUCGAGCACUAAAGAUAGUGGUUGAAGCACUACGCCAACUAAAUCUAUAGAACUAGAAGCAAUCAGAAGCAAGAUUCAUAAUGUGAAAAAAUACAAAGAAUCUCUUAGAGAAUUACUGGAGAAAUUUCCAAAAUUUUUUAAGAAUCCUGACAAAAAUGAAGCCAUCAAGUACAUAAAUGCUUUAGAUAACUUAACCUCUCAGCAUCUGGAUAAGUUUGAAAAAGAUCAUAAAAUCAAGAUGGAGGAAAGUGAGAGAGAAUCCUAUUUUAUUUAUGUGAGAAACUACUUGUUUGAAAAAGGUAUUACUUCAGGUAAAAUUUUGAGGUUCUGGAUUGACACCAGCCUUGGUGAUUCUAAAGAGAAGAUGGCUGAAAGUAACAAUAUCACCUUCAACUUUAAAAAACUAGAUCAUAUAAUAGAAGGUCUUAAAGCUACUAAGAAAGUUUUCACUUUGAAAGGACAUAAGCUUCAAAAAUCAAUAGAUAUCUAUUCCUCCAUAUCUUACCCAAUCAUCAAGAAAAUCCUAACCAAUAAUUUAUCAAACCAAGACCACUCUAUGAAAACCCUGAAAAGCCUCAUUACUCGCAUCGGAGAUACUCUAAAGAACUUUUAUAACAGCAAUGAGAUCCGAAGCGACAAAAGAUCUCUAAUAAAAUCUGACCGUAUGAUAAAAUACAUCAUCGCUGAAGUACUUCGCCAAAGAGGAAUCUGGGAAACAGAGGAUAAGAAGUUUACUCUCAACUCUUUUAGGAUUGAAAACUUUCUAAAUGAGCUCACAAAGCAUGAAUAUUCAAAAAUAAUCAAAAUCCUCAACGAAGACAUCAAAAGCGCAAUAAGCUCUCCAUAAGAACCCCCGGCUUCACUAAAUCACAGUAUAAUCUCUAUAAGAAACGCUCUAUCAGAUUCC